AUGUCGCCUCUCAAAGCAACGGUGCAUCGUGCAGAUGCGCACAAGACCAAGGGCAGCUUCGUGGUUCGUCGACUGCAAGCCUCACCGCCAGAGAAAGAUCAAUCGAGGCUGCUGGCCUUGCCGCCAGAGCUACGGAACAAGAUCUACGAGCUGGUCUUCGCUGGUGUAACAGUGGUCUUUCGCACAGGUAUUCUUACAGGCACCGUCGAAACCCGCAGCAUGCCCACACGUUCAAGUUAUGACCGCCGCCCAAGGACAGACGAAGCCCGUGAAGUACCGGAGUGGCGUGCUAUCACGAAUCCGCAGCCGACCAAGAAUAUGCGUGUCUUGCAAUGUCUGCUGCUCGUCAACAGGCAACUUCACCAUGAGGCGACGUCCAUCAUGUACGGAAGCUGCAAAUUCUUCUUCCAUCCAACCAACCUCGUUCACAGGUUUCUCGAGAACGCCGGUAAGGCAAACCUCCAUAAUAUAACGACCAUGAGGCUAGAACACGUUACGAAAGCCUACGGAAGCACAAGCCAGGACAAGCACAUGAAGGAGAAAGCUGAUCGUGGUCUCGACAACAUAUGUGUUCGUCUCGCACAGAACUUGCCAAAACUCACGACCCUCGAGCUUGGCAUCCAGCUCAAGGAGCUCCCCGACCACAUCGUACCACAUUUCGGCGAGCCUGACAGGACUUUUACGGUCAAAUCAUACGUCAGUCGACCAUGGUUUCAAGCCCUCAGCAACUUUAGCAAGCUCAAGAAGCUAGAGAACGGCAAGGUCACGAUCCGUACCCUAAGCAAUUCCGAAAUGAUCUCCAUGUUCUACUGCGACCUCAACAUCGUAGAUGCCCUACCGCCUUUCAAUCCAGCCCUGGGCCCUUCUCGCGAACGUCAGCACGAGGAGAUCCAAGAACGCUGGGGCCAUUAUUACCUCUCUUUACACCAGUCCAUUGGCGAUGCCGUCCGCGACACGAUCUUGCGUAAGCCUGAGCACGAGGUGUGGGCCGCACAUGUGCAGAAGCUGGAGCAGUAUCGAGCUUUCUGCUGGGCUCCGCAAGAUCCUAUUACAGCAACACUGGAGAGCGUGGAGUACAAGAUGUUCAAGUUGCAGUAUGAUGAGAGGUACAGAUAUCUAUGA